AUGGCCCGAUUGAAAGCUGGGACCGUUUCGGACCAGGUUGUUCGGAAGAGGAGGCGGACUGCGGCUACGACAAAGGAUGGGGAGGAUGGAAUAGCAGCGACUCGAAAUGAGAACGAUGUACCUCCUUCCAAAAAACCGGCCCUCUCUCGUCAGGACUCCUCCGCCGUCAUUGAACCUUUCGAACCGUGGCCGGAGCACUUCAAGAAAUUGGCCCAGGCGCAGCGUGCCCUGAGUCUCGUCUAUACAUUCUGCUGCACGAGGAAGCAUGUCGCUACAACCUUCGACAACAUCAAGUUCGCCGUGGAAGCUCAUAUCCGCCGAGAGUUACAUGUGUCCGAUGUCGUCCAGAUAGCUGUGCUGAUGCCCCGAUCCGUCAGAUUCCACUACGUGGACGAGGCCAUGCUGCAGGCGAAUCUCAUGACCACGGUGGAGGAGCUGGGAGCCCGAGACCCCGCAGAUCACAAGUCAGUCCUGCUCUUCGAGUUCCUGGACGGCGAUCUCAAGCGUGGAGCCCAACCCGCCAAGAAUGGGCAGGGCAAACCCGCUCCACAGCGACUGCGGAAUCAGAACCUCAAGAUGCCGGUGUUUACCCAGAAGCAAUUGACCAACUUGAUUGAGAAGAGGAAUGGGAAGUUUGUGGGCGCUGUGAAUGGGUUUCUGCAUCAGUGUGCGGCCGAGGGCGUGGACCCGGUGGGAAGGAUUGAGGGUAUGGCGAGGGAGGCGAUGCCUGUGCCGCCUGAGGAUGACGGCCUGAGCGCUGACAGGGCGAUGCUACCGCUGUCGAUACCGGAUGAGCGAAAGUCGAUACCGGAGAUCAUUGAGGAGAUCAAGACGCUCGAAUGGUAUACUGGGCAGAUUGUGCCCGACGGGCAUCGCGUCUUCGACCCUCAGCCAGCAAUAUACGGCGAACUGAAGUUUCAGCUGUCGCAGAACUUGGUGAAUGCGCUGUACAACACCAGGAACAUUACCCAGCUGUACUCGCACCAGGCGGAGGCGAUCAAUCACUUGCACGAUGGGCACAAUGUCAUUGUUUCGACGUCGACCAGCUCCGGCAAGUCUCUCAUCUAUCAGAUUCCCGUCCUGCAUCAGCUGGAGCGCGAAAGCAGCACACGAGCCAUGUACAUCUUCCCGACGAAAGCACUGGCACAGGAUCAGAGGAGGAGUCUGAAAGAGAUGCUCCGCUUUAUGGACGGCCUGCAGGACAUAGUCGUGGAGACCUUUGACGGCGACACCCCGAUGGCAGAACGCAACCACAUCCGUGACGAGGCUCGGAUUAUCUUCACAAACCCAGAUAUGCUGCACAUUACGAUUCUGCCCCAGGAGGAGGCGUGGCGCUCGUUCUUGCAGAAUCUGCGGUUCGUCGUGGUGGACGAGCUGCAUGUGUACAACGGACUGUUUGGGUCGCAUGUUUCGUUGAUUAUGCGGCGGCUGAGGAGGAUAUGUGCGGCCGUGGGGAAUACCGAUAUCAAGUUCAUCUCUUGCUCGGCGACGGUGGCGAAUCCCGAGGCGCACAUGAAGACGAUCUUCGGGAUUGAGGACGUGAAGCUGAUCGACUUUGACGGCUCGCCGUCAGGGAGAAAGGAGUUUCUGUGCUGGAAUACACCUUUCAAGGAUCCUGGAGAUCCUACAUCUGGGCGGGGCGACAGCGUCGCAGAGUGCGCGAAGCUGUUCUGCCAAUUGAUACUCCGCGGCGUCCGAGCCAUCGCCUUUUGCCGCGUCCGGAAACAGUGCGAGGCUCUUCUCGCCGCCAUCAAGGCGGAGCUGACGAAUCUGGAGCGGCCGGAGGUGAUUGCGCGAGUUAUGGGGUAUCGAGGGGGCUAUACUUCGCAGGAUCGCCGGAGGAUUGAGCAGGAGAUGUUCCAGGGGAAGCUCGUGGGGAUUGUGGCGACGAGUGCAUUGGAGUUGGGCGUCGAUAUCGGAUCCUUGGAUGCGGUCGUGACUUGUGGGUUUCCGUAUACGAUUGCGAAUCUGAGGCAGCAGAGCGGAAGAGCAGGACGCAGAAAUAAAGACUCGCUGUCUGUGCUGGUGGGGGACUGUUUCCCUACGGACCAGUACUACAUGUCGAACCCGGACGAGAUUUUCACGAAGCCGAACUGUGAGCUCCAGGUCGAUCUCGAGAACAUUCUCGUGCUUGAAGGCCACGUCCAAUGCGCUGCUCACGAAAUGCCCAUUGAUCCCGAAGCCGAUAUGGUCUACUUUGGCCCGCUACUCCCCAAGAUCGCCAAGGAGCGGAUGAGAAGAGACGACGCUGGAUUCUACCACACCAACGAGCGGUUUCUGCCUUACCCAUCCCGACAUAUCGCCAUCCGCGACACUGAGGACAGCCACUUCGCCAUCAUCGACGUGACACACGGACGGAACAUGGUGCUGGAAGAGCUCGAGGCAUCCCGGGCCUUCUUCACCAUCUACGAAGGGGGCAUCUUCCUGCAUCAGGGAAGGACGUAUCUCGUGCGCGAGUUCAGCCAGGACCGCAUGCUCGCCAAGGUGGAGCACGUCUCCGUCGACUGGACGACUCUGCAGCGGGAUUACACGGACAUCGAUCCCGUCGAGACGGAGGCGAUACGCCGCAUCCCCGGCAGCAGGUGCAAAGCGUACUACGGUCCCAUCCAGAUCCAGCAGGUCGUAUUUGGCUUCUUCAAGGUGGAUAAGCGGCGCAGGAUCAUCGAUGCCGUCGAGGUAGACAAUCCGCCCAUCAUCCUACGGUCCAAGGGCAUGUGGUUGGACGUGCCCACGUCUGCAUUGGAGUUGCUGAAGAGCAGGAGACUCAACAUAGCCGCCGCGAUCCAUGCGGCCGAACACGCCGUCCUCAGCCUGCUUCCCAACUUUGUCAUCAGCAUGCCGGGGGACGUGAGGACGGAAUGCAAAGUCGCCCUCAAGGAGUUUGCGGCUAAGGAGACGGCGAGGAAGCGUCCCGCGAGGUUGACAUUUUACGACGCCAAGGGUGGAGCCAGCGGCAGUGGGAUUUCGACCAAAGCAUUCGAGUUUUGUUGCUGCGACGAGCGGUGCAAGGAGGCGAAUCAGGUCAUGAGUAAAGCUGGGGCACUGGUCGUGGUCAUGUCGUUGCUCGGGAGGGAGGCCGAGAUUGACGUGGAUAGUUUGCCGUGGGGCGAGGACGAGGCGGCGCCUGCGGGCGUCGAGACGGUGGUGCCGGCGCAGGAGGUGAUUAUGGCAAGGGGUGUGGAGAAGGAUGGUGUAUGGAUUAAAGAGGAGGAUGCCGAGGAGAAUGCAUUUGCGAGGAGUAUACGGGUGUUUGGAGGGGAGGGGAGGCUUAUCGGGGUGCAUAGCUAG